AGAGGAGGAACUCGGAGGAGAAGGAGCGAGUCUGCCGGCAGCCUGGAUCCGUUCCUCCGCUCGGCAUGUCCGGCAGCUUGGGGACAGUGACCUGGACCCUGUGCCUCCUCCUCCUUGCUCCUGGCUGGGUAGAACCGCAGGCCUGCACAUACCCAUGCCAGUGUCCCUCCCAGCCUGUGCAGUGCCCCGCUGGCACCAGCCACGUGUUGGAUGCCUGUGGUUGCUGCAAGGUGUGUGCCAGGCAGCUCGGCGAGCUCUGCUCCCUGCAGAAACCCUGUGACCAUCACAAGGGACUCUACUGCGACUUCUCCAAGAUCCACAGAGGCAGCGGGAUCUGCUUAGCUCACGAGGGUGCAACUUGUGACCUGCUGGGCAAGAUCUACCACAACGGGGAGAGCUUCCAGCCCACGUGCAAGCUGCAGUGCAUCUGCAUGGACGGGGCCAUCGGCUGCAUCCCGCUCUGCUCCGACGACCUGCGGCUGCCGUCCCCCGAGUGCCCCAACCCGCGGCGGGUCAAGCUCCGCGACAAGUGCUGCGAGGAGUGGGUCUGUGCGGAGGGCAGCGAGGAGAACCGCUUGGACACGGCCAUGGCGGUUUUCAGGGAGGAUCCAGCACACAAGCCAGAGCUGAAUAACCUGCAGGAGAACUGCUUGGUGCAGACCACGGAGUGGAGCGCCUGCUCCAAGAGCUGUGGCAUGGGCAUCUCUGCGCGGGUGACCAACAACAACCCCCAGUGCCGCCUGGAGAAGGAGACCCGGCUCUGCAUGGUCCGGCCCUGCGACUUCCCUGUGGACAAAACCAAGAAGGGGAAGAAGUGUGUGCGGACCCCAAAGCCACGCCAGAGCCUCCACUUUGAGUUCUCGGGCUGCACCAGCUCCCGUUCCUACCGGCCCAGGUUCUGUGGGAGCUGCACGGACGGGCGCUGCUGCACCCCGUACGUCACCAGCACGGUGGAGGUGGAGUUCCACUGCCCCGAGGGGGACUUCUUCCAGCGCAAGAUGAUGUUCAUCAAGAUGUGCUCCUGCCACUACGACUGCCCCCGAGACAACGACAUCUUCCUGGCCACCUAUCACAGGAGGAUGAUCGGAGACCACGUCAAGACCGACAGGCAGUAGUCCUCCCCAUGCCAGACCCGCAGGCUGAGGUGUCAAGAGGGCUCUGCAAGCGCUUUUGUGGCUGCGUCCCAGGACAGCGCAGCCUCUUCCCCCUCUGUGAGGGGCUGUGUGUACUCUUUGGGAUCACCACCAGUGGUCCAAGCGUUGGGAGAACAGCCCCAUCUGCUCCGGGCUCCUGACCUUCACCCGUGCUGCCACCCAGGUCAGGGAAGGAACCAGAAACAGGCUUGAGCUGCCGACUUGAUCCACGCUCCCGCCGGCUGGAUGGGAGAAUGGAUCAGAGCCGCGUGGCUCCAGCCUGUCUCCAGCUGAGAGCGCAGUGGGAGCAGUUCCCCGCGGCUCCAGCCUGCCAAACCCAGAGCAUGGGCCAGGGCAAGCCCCGGAGGCCUGGGUUCAGCUGAGCUCUGCAGCUUGUCCAGCAGACGGGCUCUGAUGCUCAGUGAGGACAUGGUCCUGGCCCCGUGCUGGGCUCCUGCUGAGCUACUUUUGGCUAAUUGGAUCCAACAGGUUGGCAAAAGCUCUUCCCUUGUGCCCACCUUCCCCCCUCCCAUGUGCUUUCCCAUCAGCAGCCUUGCUCCAAGUCACUUUGCUCCUAAAGAGGCUGGAUCACUCCCUGGGUAACCAUUCUCUGGCUGCACUGUCCUUUGUGCCCUGUUUAAUUCCUCCUGUCCUGGGGUGCUGGCAAGGGUGACAGCACAGGCAAGGCAGCAGCGAGCUGUGUAGUGUCCAGAGCAUGGCUCAGGGCCUCCUGUGGAAGCUCAGAGCUCAGGAAGGGGUUUCUGGGUAGAAGAAACGAUCCAGCCAGGCUGUAGCUGCACACUGGUGGGACAGUGAUCCCUGAGGUCUGUUUCAGACCCAAGGAGCAGUUCUGGCAUGGAACGGGUGAGCCAGGUCUGAAAGGGUCACGCAUCUACAGCUGUGUUUCGGCUCCAGGGUCUUUGCUGGGGGGUCCAAAGUCAUAGGAUCCCGGAGUGGUUUGGGUUGGAAGGGACCUUAAAGCUCAUCCAGUUCCAACCCCCUGCCAUGGGCAGGGACACCUUCCACUAGAGCAGGUUGCUCCAAGCCCCUGUGUCCAACCUGGCCUUGAACACUGCCAGGGAUGGGGGAACACAGCGCCAGUCCCCCGGGGAGCCGAAGGCCGGGGCAAGAACAAUACCCCUCUUGCUAAAUGGAGCAGAUCCCUUUGGAAUGCCUGAGGUAGUGGCAUGUGCUGGGUGUCUCUGGAGGGGAAAUCGGGAUGAUCCCUGUGGGAGCAGUGGCCACGCUGCAGCACUGAGGCUUUAACCCCACAUCUCCCCCCCUGUGCAGAGCCUAGUGCUGGAGGAUGGUCCCAUCGUCCAUACCCACUGCUGGUACCUCUCUGGGCACCAGCUCAGGGCCCACAUCUCAUCUCCGCCCCUUUUCCUGCUCUCAGCCUGUGGAUGCUCAUGAGCCUUCAGCCUCUUGUAAUCAGUUGGAGCUGUAAAUAAUUUAUCUGCUCUUCUUUCAUUGCGUUUUAAGCAUUUGUACAGGUUUUGUAGCCUUUUAGUACAUCUUUGCUCCGGGCCUCUCCUCCAGCUCUGCCUUGAUCUUAUCUCCCACCAUUUACACGGCUCCUAAGUGGAAAAUGACGCCGAGAUUGCACUUUACUCACUGCUAAUAAAUCUCUCUUUAUUUUUGAUA